CGUACUAAAAACUUGAAGUGCAAAAACAAUUAGUAUAAUGAAAAUUUAAAUAUAAUACAAAUAUUUGUACUUUAAUGCAUGACUUCUUAAAAACUACUUGUAAACAUGGAUAAACCUAAUUUAAGCCAGUAUUUUGGAAGUUCAGAAAUACCACCUGCAUCUCAGUUCUUCGAUGAAAUUGGUACUUCACCAUCAGAAAUGGUACAAAGCGUAUAUUUAGGUGAUUCAGAAGGCGCAAAAACCGCAACUACACCUCAAGUUAGAGCAUCUUUCGGCCAAUCUGAAGAAGGCCCUACAGAUAUAUUACCCACUGUAAGUGGAUCUACAUCGAUUCCUGUGACUAGUUUACCAGAUCCUUCUACAUUUUUUGAUACAAUUGGCCCAGACCCUCCAAUUGGGGUUCUGAAAACUAAUACUGGUUCUGCUGCUAUGAUAACUGAUGCAAUGGAUGGAUUAAGCAUAAAGAAUCAACCAGUAGACAAGGAAGCUGAUAGAAGAAGAGAUGCAUGGAUACCAGAUGAGGAAGCGAAAAAGACUUUAAUAAAGGCACAAUCGUCACCAAAAGGCUCUUUCUUUCCCGAAAGAGAAGUUCUCACAAUGCCUGGAAUUGUAUUAGAAGAAGAAUUGGCAGAUGCCCUUCAGGAAGUGGCAGUGAAGUACCUUGGUGUCAGUUCAGCGGGAAGCCGUGGUGUUGUUAGAGCUGAACAUGUAAGUCGAGAUGAAGCUGGAUUAAGAGAACUACUUAGGACUGGAUAUUUGAGGGCAGCUGUUAAUCUGACUGCUACUUUAAUAACUGCUGCGGGACAAGGACCUGGUAGAAUGCACAGACCGACAAAACACACACCACGUACAUUACAACUGUGGCUGACAAGGUUUGCAGUGAUGUUGAGAAUUAAACUUGUAGAUUCGUUGAUGAAGGAAGCGGAACCGUUUGGUGAUUUUAUGAAACCGGACAUGUUUUAUCAGUUUUACCCGGACAUAUACGAAAAUCGCACUGGUUCUCUAGUACCGUUUUCGUUGCGGCUUCUAAUUGCGGAGCUGCCAAGUCACGUUGGCAAACCCGAGGAGGCAAUGGACAAACUAUAUAUCAUUUUGGAUGUUAUUGAUAAUAUGUUAACAAAUCUAAACAAGAAUAAAACGGAAGAUGGCUGUGGCAUUAUAACGGAAGAGGAUAAAAAUGAAUCAACACGUCUUUGGACGGGUCGUCGCGUCAGAGUGCUCCAUUCGAUUGUUAAUUGUGCUAUUGCUUUAAAGGACUACAGGUUAGCAACGAACAUACUAACAAAGCUCCAACAACAAUCGACAACAGCGCAGCAACAACGAUCUCUGUCGAGUGCUCUGUGCCGUUUGCAACUUUUGGCGGGAAAUGUCGAAGCGGCUUAUUUACAUUUACAACACGCCAGGCUGACAAGACAUCAUUUAUGCCCGACACCUGACGUGCGCGAGUACGUGGACUUGGGUCUUAUAGACAUCGCGCAUGGCAAGUAUCAAGAUGCAUACAAUAACUUUGCCAAAGCUGGCGAUCAAGAACCAACUAACAUAAUGGUAGCAAACAACAUAGCAGUUUGCCUUCUCUAUAUGGGUCGGCUUAAAGAGGCCAUAUCAGUUUUGCAAAAGGCCAUACAAUCAGACCCAGAACGCGGCUUAAAUGAGAACCUCUUAGUCAAUUUAUGUACGUUAUACGAAUUGGAAUCGGCCAAUACGGGCGAUAAGAAAUUACAUUUAUUACGAAUGCUAUGCAAACAUAAAAGUGAUACUGUACCAAAUGUUGUUGAAGCGUUGAAAUUGUCAUAAAUGACAUAUGGCAGCUGUCAGCUGUCACAUUCUCGAGUUCAAGAUCAACGCUAAUGUUAUUGGUAUCUCUUUCUUUUAGAACAUUUAAAUAGAGAUAGCGUGGCAUUGGUUCAACGGACACGACGUUAUAUUAUUCCCGUAUCAGUGCUCAGAGGUUAAUCAAACAAUAUAAAUGUUAUAUAGUAAUGAAUUUUAAGAAUAAAUUUAAAGAAAAUAUGUAUCUAAUGAAGGUUUUAUUUGUUCUGUAUAUUUUUUUAUAUAAUAAUAAUUGAGAUUAUGUAAAUAUAUAAUAUGUAAGUAUUGUAUCUUUGUUCCAUAAAAAUUAUAAAUAGGAAUUAGGAAUUUGAAUGUUGAGUUGAGUUGUUGAAGUAGCCUUGCUUACGUAUCAUUUCUGUGAUACAACAAAACCGGUUCAGCCGCUAAGACGUGAUUUUUAUUUAAAAUAGAAAUACAGGAUAAAUACGCCACUUGUUGUUUAAUUGUACCCAAAUUAAAGUAAUAUACAAAAGUCACGUGUUAUAAAAUAUAACAAUAAAUAAUGAUCCUCCAAAUUGUUUAUGUUUACUAUAACUCUCAAAUUACUAUUUUAUUGCAGUAACCAACAAAAAUACUUAAAAUUAAUCAGAUAAUGAUAUAGAUAGCAGAGUAGUUGCAAUUUAUUACUAACAAUUUUUACGCCUUGCGAUUCUGUAAGACUCACUUUUCGAACUCACAGCAGUUAUCGCAGCGGCGGUCGCGCUCAAAUCGGUCGUAAAGCAGACAUUUUACGAUUUGGCAUUCUGAUAAACAAUAUACUACAAGCUCCCUCCUUAGAGGUGAUUGCAAAUACGCCUAGAAAAAGUCAAAUGAAUAUCUAUAGAUACUAAAAACUAGAGAUGUUAAGGAUAUGAUAUUUCGGAUCUGGAUAUAGGAAUAAAAUUAUAUCAAUUUCGGAUUAUCCGUUAGUUUUGGUUAUUAGAUUGAAGUAAAAUAUAAACACAAAUAGUAUGUAAUAAUUUUGUUAUGGUUUUAUUUUGUCCAGGUAAUCAGUUGGUAUUAUAAUCGGUUAUAUAUUUAAGUAAUUAUUAUAUACCUCCUUAAUUUUAUGUUUUAUAUAUUAAAAUGCAAUAAAUUUAACAGUUGGAAAUAAGCUUUAUACAUUGCACAUAUUAACUUAUAACCUAUGUAUAACAUAUUAAAUGUUCUUUUUU